AUGGCGACUGCUUCUGCAAUGGGACGUCCACUGGCGUCCAGACCUUCUGAUCACCGCUUUGAACCCUGGAUGUGCAGCAGGUGUAUUCACCGGCCUUUUUCUGACGGGAUGACCACCAACACGACGACGACCACGACGCGCAGGAACCAUCAAGCCAACCUCAGCCACCACCACCACCACCACCACUACCGCCGGGCUAGCACAGUAAGCUCUCCUCCGUCUACCUUAGCUUUCCCUCCGCUGCUGUUAACCAUCAAAACCCGAACGCCCUGAUGUCCGGUCGCCAUCACUCCAUCGCAACUAUUUAUCAUGUGUUGCCAUUCUUUUUAAUAACACAUUUUGUCGCCAUUUCCCCUCUCUUUCUCAGCCCCUUUCAUCAUGGUCUUUUGGCUGUUAAUAUAGGCCUCUCUUGGCCAUCAAAGGCAGCACAUCAAUCGCCUUGACUCCCAAGUGUAUGUGUGAGGGUGAAAGAGAGAAAGGGAGAGUGGGGAAAAAAAGAAGAACAUGUAUCAGAGAUCAAGGCGUGCUUUCAUGCCUGAUUUUGGCCCUGGUCUGGUUUUGCUUUUCCAUCAUCUUUCCAUCCUCCUUUUUUUUUUUCCGCCCUUGUUCUAGGGCUGCAGACGCUCCCCGAUACUCAUCCACGUUUUGUCCCAUCCCUCAGUGAUCCAAAUUUCCCCAUCGCUGAAAAAUAACAUCUUUUGUCGGAGAAAUGGAGGCAAAAAGACAUUUUUUUUCUCUUUCUGUUUUUUUUCUUCUCUUUAAGAAGAUUCUGUAGCUUCGCAGGCUACAGGGCCACAGCUCUGCCCCAAUGAUGACAAUACGUGAAACAAUAUUUGAAUAAGCAGCAGGAGGGCAGCCAGCUAAUCCACUGUGGCUAAUCCAGUAUUGGUGCAGGCCAUAUUGGUAGCUGGAGUAUUCAACCCCGUCACAAUACACAUCAGCAGGACGCCAUGGCAGAUAUACUGACACUCUCACUACAGGCAUGGCUGGGAAAGACCAGCAGAUGGAUGGAUAGGUGGGUAGAGGGAUGGGUGGAUGGAUGAUAUAGAGAUAAGUGAACAGACAAUCGCAGGGAUGGUUGGAAAAUUGUGAUAUUUUUACUUUUUUUUAAAUUACUUUUACAUCUUUUCCAGUUUUUAUGAGUAGACAUUCGGAGCAGAUCAAGAAAAACUGGAAUAAUUGUGAGAUUUGAAGGACAGAUGGAGAUGUUGGAGAUGAUAUUCAGCCUUCAGCAUCUGUCAGGUCUUUGUCUUAAUUCAUGUCUUAGUUUAUGUUCACAAAAAGACCCCAAAUAUCAACGUUUUCAUGUUGAAGAACCAAAGGUUUCACUGUACAAGAUCAGGCCCGCUCCUAAGUCUUUGUUUUUUGGGGGGUUUUCAUCCCAGCCAAACAAAAUACUUGUCUCCAAUUAAUUUUCUUAAAGAGCAGAGGUCUGUUUCUCUUUCAAGAGGUAUAUAAUGAAGAUUUCACUCUCUGUGAGCAUCUAAAUGGGUCUUUGUGCUGGGAGGCCCCCAAGAGAUAAGCCUGUUUCUGACAGGCCUCCGUACAGACGCCCAAAUCUGCUGUGGCAGCUGGAACAAAGGGACCCCUGAGCUGGACCAGCACACUGACAAAAAGCCCCGUAUCAGGUCUAAAAGAGCUGCCUCAAUUUAAGAAUUAAUAAUCUGCUUUUCCCUUCACUGGAAGUGGUUUUCAUCACUAACUUUAUAAAGUGGAAACUGAGAGUUCAUCCCGGGACUUUCUGUCUUCAGACUGAGGCGGUUCAGACUCGAGUAAAUCUGUGCAAUGAAAGUAAUAAAACUUAAGCUGGAAAAGUACAAAUGAAUAAAAAGUUGGGACUAACAUAUCAUAUCUAAAAACAAACAAAAAAGAUAUUUAACUUAAACAGAGUCUGAUCUGAUGAUAUUGUAAAAACCUCCAACAAUCGUUUGUUGAGAUUAAAAAAAGUGUCUGAAUGUCUUUUUUAAAUUCACAUAGAAAUCCACUGAAGUUUAGGGAAACCGCUGAUGGGUCCACAAUGUUUUAAUAAUCAUAGAAAAUGUAGUUAAUUAGUUCUCGUUUAAUCGUUAAAUAGUUGAUAAUAAAUUAAUUUUACUCUGAAAAAAGUCCAGUUAGAUUUUUCAGUGAAGGAAGUUUUUAAUGUGGGGUCUUGAAACACUCCUCUCUCACAGUUUUAUGUCUUUUUAUACGGUGCUGUCAGCAAAUUUGUUGUGCUGUAAUAAACUGUGAGAUGAAAUAUAAGGAGUUUAAACUUAAAAAGGAGAACAUCAGAUCUGUAAAUAUCAGGAGUGACUAUUAGAGCUGUUUUCUACCUCCUGUUACUGCUCAUGCUGCUUUGAGACCAUUGUUCACUCAAGUGUUAGAAUAGAUUUAACCCUCCUGUCAUCAGAUAUACGACACGUCUGCUGUAAGAGAGACGUACCGAUACAACCAGAGAUGAUUUAACAGCACUGAAGGCUGCCCAGAUCAGCUGUGAUUAUAACACUGAGUCUAUCCAUUCAGCAAGAACAAUCCUAAAACUGCGAUAAUUGAUGAGGAUUAAAAGCAGCGAGUUCUAACAUUGAAGAGGAGGAACAGAAGAAACUUAAAGCAGUCGGUUAAUAUCAUAAAUAAUAGAAGCGGGAGAAAAAAAAACAAUACAGCUUAGUAUCCUGAUAUUUUCUCUGGUGAUAUAUCGUAUCGUCUCAUUUAUCAAAUAUCGAUUUUUUCAAAUUAAUCACUAAAAUAAAGUCAAACCCAUAAUAAUGGGGAAAAAAAUCAACUGUUUGUCCACUAAGGUUGGCAGAGGUAACACCAUAGAGCAGGAGAAAGUUAGUACAACAUAUAUAUAUAUAUAUGUGGCAAUAUUUGCAAUAUACACUACAUGAAAAUAAAAUACAUCGUAAAUAAGACAAACAUAAAGGAAAGACAAAUGCUGAAUUAGCUAAACAGUUUAAAAAUUGUAUAAAUUGCAAAAUAUUGUAUUGCAAUACUCACUGUAUUGGAAAAUGUUAAAAAAUCGCAGUAAUAUCGCAAUCAUAUGGUAUCGUUGGGCCACUAAUGAUCCCCACCUUUGAUAAAUAAGGCACUUGAAGGAGAGAUAAACUAAAAUCUGUACUUUCAGACAUCCUGCUCUAAAGUAUGUAGUUUUCUGAGAUCUAUAAUUAUAAAAUACCUGAAAUCUAAACUUAUACUGCAGUAAAUCUUAAAUAUGUAAAUGUGGGAUAUCUUCCUUUAGAGGCGGUGUUAAGUUUAGUGGUUUCAGUCUGACAGUCUUUGCUGCAGGGGUUGAUGGUCCAACUCUCUUCAAAGAAUCCUGAAAUAAUCAUUUUAAAACACAAACUCUUCUUUAUAAAUCUGUAUUUUGAUUUGAACAGACAGGAAAUUUAAAAGUUAAGAACAAUAUCAAACUAAAAUAAGUCUAAAAACAUUUUCAAAUGUUAAAUACUUUACUUUGCACGACCACCUGCUCGUUAUACACUGUCCUGCUUGUUUUCUGGCUCCAUAUACUCCACAUUCAAACAUGCUGACACUGAUAUUUAAAGAUGUUUGAAGUGAAUCAAAAAGGAUCUGUUCAGGGAGCUAAAAGAGACAGGAUAGUGUUGUCCUUAUCAGCCUACUUACAGGUCAAAUUAACGUGAAACUGAACAUUUCUCAGUCGAAGCAGUCCUAUCAGCAGCAGCUGCACCUUCAGAGUUGUUGCUCCCUCUUCACUACAGUCUCAGUGUUACAGAACAGGUACCUGAAUAAGUUAAUGUCUGAUUGUAUUGGAUAACACGCUCCUUCUCUACCUGUCCAUCAUGUCCAAAGUGAAAAACCAGCUCAGAAGGUUCAGAUUCAUUCAAGUCCAAGAAGUUGUGAUUACAGUCAGGAGGGGAUUUCCUGGAGGACAGACAGCCCGGCAGUGUCUUCAAUGAGGGGAAGAGGGAAAGGUGUAUCAGUGCCCCCCUGGGGUGAUGACCUUUUUCAGCUAAGAGCUCAGACCUCUGCAGCACUCACACACACAUACAUACAGAAACACACACACAGAAACACAUAAAGUGGAGGUUCAUUAUAGAUUCAUAAGUACCAACAUGCCCCCAACCCCUCCUCACCAAGACAUCAUAAAGGUCAAGUUCAUCUUCCUCAGUAUUCUCUCAGUGUCUCCUCUCUCACUCGCUCCAUUGUCUCCGGGGGCAACGCAGCAACCAUAACAACAACAGCCUGUUGCAGCAAGAACCUGUGAGUGUGUGUGUGUGUUUGUGUUUGUGUGUUGACUGCCAAGGAUAUAAGCCAAAGUGGUAUGAAUACAUUUACAUAAUGGAGCGUGUUUAGCUUGGCUGUAAAGUCUGCCAAUCAAACACACUGAAUAAAAAGGAUUCUCAGGCCGUCACUGCAAACAGCUCCUCAUCACACUCUGUAUGAGCGCUGACCAUCGAGACGGAUCCUUCUAGAUCCUUCAUGCUGAGCUGUGUCCCACUCAGUCAGUGUUUGAGGAGACAUUUACAACACUAAUGUAUAUCUGAAUAUCCUGAAUAUACAGUAUCUGGAACACAUCUUUACCUUCUCCCCCAGUGCAGAAGUGGUGCUGAAAUACUCCCGUUAACCCCCCUUAAAAACCAUAAAAACAGUAUAUUAUUCAGUGACACCAAAUCAAUCCACACAGAGGAGUCGGGCUCAUUUAUAAACAUCGUAGUUUCACCUCCUCCUGUUGACAGUGUGGCAAAAAUAAUCAGAUGGAGGAGAUUUUUGAUAUCGCUCUCAGCAAAGAGAAGACGGCAACAAGGAGAGGGAAAACAGCACAGGAACUAGAGAGACAUGUAAACGCACAAUGAAGUGGCUCAAAGAGACAUCAGACAAAUUAAAGAAAACACACAAAGCAACCGCAACCUGCAAAACACUAUAGACUUUUAAAGGGAGUCUGCGUCUGUUUAAAAAAAUGAUGGUUUUACUUGACGGUGAAUAGUCAACGUUGAAGUAUUAAAGUUUGCAAACUUUUAGUGACAUUAAUCAAUUAUUUUAAAUCAAUGAAAACUUGGUGACCAGAUAAUAAGCAGGUUAAUGUGCAGUGACUUAGGGUCAUACUUCACUUCAAUCUCAUUCCUCCUUAACUCUGUGAGAACAGAGCUGUCAAUCAGGGUCUCAUACUCGACCAUGUUAACUUCAGAACCUAAACCCAGUUUCAUCUCAUAAAUAUCCCAUUUAUAUUUUUUGUGUGCAUGAGAAGCCUCUGAAGAUGAUGAAGAUGUCAUAAAUAAGAACCAUAUCGCCAAUGUGAGAGUCAUGGUUUCCUGUUUAAUAUUCUAAGAUGUUGUUUUUUUUACCCCCCAUCACUCACAGGUUCAGACAACAAUGGAAGAAUUGUCCACAGACAUGAGGACAGGUGUGUGGACCUCACCUGAGCCACCUGACCCCACCCUCUCCACAUGGAUCAGCUAG